AUGUGGCGCCUUCGAGACGUCCUAAUCGUGGGGCUGGCCGUGUCGGGAGCUGCAGCUAGCAACUGGUUCCCCGGCUCCAAGACAGUCUACAACAAGUGGCACGAGACGGAGCUUGAGCGAUGGCUCUCCGACCAGAACAUCCCUUACCCGACUCCAGCUGACCGCAAGGAUCUGGAGGAUCUCGUUUCCAAGAACUGGAACAACUAUGUUGUGGAGCCGUAUAAUAGCUGGGAUACCUCUCAGCUAAGCGCAUAUCUGCAAUCCAAGGGCAGUGAUGUGGCCAAGGAUGCUCAGAAGAAUAAGGACAGCCUGAUUUCCCAGGUGAAGGCCAACUGGUACGAGACUGAAGACUCUGCCAACUCAGCAUGGACCAGUGUCAAGGAUUGGAUUCUUGAUACCUGGACCGAUUCUCAGCUCAAGUCUUUCUGUGACAAGAACGGCAUUCCAGUGCCUCAACCGCGUACUCGUGAUACUCUGCUUCAGAAAGCCCGCGAGGGAUACUCUACUCUCGCAGAAAAGGCCGGUGAAACCGCUGCCUAUCCCGGCGACUGGCUGUACUCUACCUGGUCCACGUCUGAUCUAAAGGAGUGGCUUGACACUCACGGCUUCCCUGCCCCUCAGCCAACUAACCGAGACAAGCUGAUUGCUUCGAUCCAGGCUGCCUACACAUACCUCACUGACACAAUUAUUGAGGCUUGGGGCGAGUCUCAGCUCAAGGAGUUUUGCGACAAGAAUGGAAUCCCUGUUCCCCAAGGCACCAAACUCAAUGAACUUCGAGCCCUCGUUCGGAAGCACCGCGCUGAUAUUCUCGGUGAUACCGUUGGUGCUAGCGCCAAGGCUUACUUUGGUGCUGCUACCUCCAAUGCUCAGAAUCAAUAUGCUAGGGCGACUGACAGCGCUUCGCUUGCCGCCCAGGAUGCUUUCAACCAGGCUGUUGACAAGUGGUCGGAUAGCCGGCUCAAGUCUUAUCUUGAUGCCCGCGGUGUCCCUGUUCCCCAGGCCAGCAAGUCUGAUGACCUCCGAGCUCUUGUUCGAAAACACGCACACAAAGCCUCCACUGGCUGGCAGGCGUGGAACUUUGAUGACUACAGCUAUGACAACCUGAAGAAUUAUCUCAUCAACAACGGCAAUGCCGCCGCAAAGUCCGCAGCUAAGAAGAAGGAUGCCACCCGCGAGGACCUUGUUAGCGCUGCCCAAUCUGCCUAUUCAUCUGCUUCAACUGCUGGCGGCGCCCAAUACGCCUCUGCCACUAGCUACCUUGCCUCUGUGACGGCUGCUGCUAAGCACAACGCCUUUGACACGUGGUCGGAGAGCGAACUGAAGUCCUAUCUCGACAGCUACGGAGUCCCCGUUCCCCAGGGAUCUAAGAUUGACGAACUCAGAGCAGAGGCACGCAAGCAAUCUACCUACUUCAGAUAUGGAUCUUCUUCUCCUGGAGGCACUGUCUUUGCUAAGCUCGGAGAAACGGCCAGGGAUACAUGGAGAUGGGUCGCCGAUCAGCUGCACAUUGGCAGUGAGGUCGCUAGAGAAGAGGCUGCCAAGGCUGAGGCUGAAGCCAAGAAGAAGGGCGAGAAGCUUCGAAAGGAAUUGUAA